AUGACUUACGCGUUGACUACGCUGAUUCUUACACCAUUAGCCAUAUGCUUCUCCCGUCCACGCACUGAAGCCAUGUCUCCUUCUAAAGCCGGCCUAGCUUGGGGUGGUAACAGUCACGAAAUAGCGCAGUUCACCUCCACGGGCAAGGUAUUUUGGUAUUAUACAUGGUCCCCAAAGUCUUAUAUUCCAGGCACAAACAUUGAAUUUGUACCUAUGCUAUGGGGAAGUAAAGAAACGGAAGAGUUUUCCUCUACUAUCAAUGACACGUUAGCAGGGGGUGGUGUUACCGCGGUUCUUGGAAUGAACGAAUCGCAAGAAACGCAACAAUCUAACCUCACCUGUAGCGAGGGUGCAGACAUGUGGAAGACAUACAUUGAGCCCUUACGCUCUCAUUCUGAGGGUGUUAAACUAGGGAGUUCAGCACCCUCCGGUGCGCCAUCGGGAAAGAUAUGGCUAGAGCAAUUCCUUACAGUGUUUUGUGAUACUCUGUCGGUUCUACAAGCUAACUGCUUUGUCACAGACUGGUUCGACAUCAACAGUACCCAAUUCGUCUCGCAUCUUCAGAAUUUCCACGGAACUUUUGACAGGCCGAUAUGGGUUACAGAAUGGGUAUGUCAGAAUUUCAACGAUGCGGAUAAUAACCAAUGCUCUGAGGAAGAGAUAAAGGUGUUCCUGAAUGCCACGCAGUCGUUCAUGGAUAAUACAGACUGGGUGGAGCGAUAUACCUGGUUUGGGGCGAUGACAGAUUUGCAGGGCGUCAACCAGGGUAAUGCGCUAAUGAAUUCUGACAGAGAUAUCAACUCCCUCGGUAAACAGUAUACAGGUGAAGAAGAUAAUAUGCACUUAAUAACGUCUGGUGGUGUAUGUCCAUUUCGGAUACCCAAUACGUCUGCCUGUUUGACUCAAAAUUUCUCCGUUAUCUACUAA